GAGUGCGGAGCCGGAGCUAACGGUUACCGACGCCAUCCCGCGCCGCGCGGCCCACGUGCGCCAUCGCGCCCGGAGCCCCUGGCUUGCGGCGGAGCGCAGCCAAUUUUUACUGCGCCCUGUCGUGUGCCAGGCCAGGAAUCGUCCUUGGAGAAGAUGGAAGGGGAGAAGCGGCCGCAGCCCUCCGAGGGCCUGUUUGCGGACGGGCACCUGAUCCUGUGGACAUUGUGCGCGGUCCUGCUGCCCGUGUUCAUCACCUUCUGGUGCAGCCUUCAGCGGUCGCGCCGGCAGCUGCACCGCAAGGACAUCUUCCGCAAGAGCAAGCACGGGUGGCGGGACACGGACCUUUUCAGCCAUCCCACCUACUGCUGCGUGUGCGCGCAGCAUAUCCUGCAGGGCGCCUUCUGCGACUGCUGCGGGCUGCGCGUGGACGAGGGCUGCCUCAAGAAGGCCGACAAGCGCUUCCAGUGCAAGGAGAUCAUGCUCAAGAAUGACGGCAGGGCCCUGGACGCCAUGCCCCACCACUGGAUCCGGGGCAACGUCCCCCUGUGCAGCUACUGUGUGGUUUGCAAGCAGCAGUGCGGCAGUCAGCCCAAGCUCUGCGAUUACAGGUGCAUUUGGUGUCAGAAAACAGUACAUGAUGAGUGCAUGAAAAAUAGCAUAAAGAAUGAAAAGUGUGAUUUUGGAGAAUUCAAAAACCUCAUCAUUCCACCGAGUUAUUUAACCUCUAUCCAUCAGAUGCGUAAAGACAAAAGAACAGAUUAUGCAGUGCUAGCCUCUAAGCUUGGAAAGCAGUGGACUCCAUUGAUAAUCCUGGCCAACUCUCGUAGUGGAACUAACAUGGGAGAAGGGCUGUUGGGAGAAUUCAGGAUCCUUCUAAAUCCAGUCCAGGUUUUUGACGUAACUAAAACUCCCCCUCUCAAAGCCCUACAACUCUGUACUCUUCUUCCUCACUACUCUGCUCGAGUACUUGUUUGUGGAGGGGAUGGGACUGUGGGCUGGGUCCUGGAUGCAGUCGAUGAAAUGAAGAUUAAGGGACAAGAAAAAUACAUUCCACAAGUUGCAGUCUUGCCUCUGGGAACAGGCAACGAUCUAUCCAAUACGUUGGGUUGGGGUACAGGUUAUGCAGGAGAAAUCCCAGUCACACAGGUCUUAAGAAAUGUGAUGGAAGCAGAUGGAGUUAAACUGGACAGGUGGAAAGUUCAAGUAACAAAUAAAGGAUACUACAACUUGAGAAAACCCAAGGAAUUCACAAUGAACAACUAUUUUUCUAUUGGACCUGAUGCUCUCAUGGCUCUCAAUUUUCAUGCUCAUCGUGAGAAGUCACCAUCUCUGUUUUCUAGCAGAAUUCUUAAUAAGGCCGUUUACUUAUUCUAUGGAACCAAAGAUUGUUUAGUGCAAGAAUGUAAAGAUUUGAAUAAAAAAGUUGAGCUAGAACUGGAUGGUGAGCGAGUAGAACUGCCGAAUUUGGAAGGUAUUAUAGUUCUGAACAUCGGUUACUGGGGCGGCGGCUGCAGGCUCUGGGAAGGGAUGGGAGACGAGACUUACCCUCUAGCCAGGCAUGACGAUGGUUUACUGGAAAUUGUUGGAGUAUAUGGCUCUUUCCACUGUGCUCAGAUUCAAGUGAAACUGGCAAAUCCUUUUCGCAUAGGACAAGCGCAUACAGUGCGGCUGAUUUUGAAGUGCUCCCGGAUGCCAAUGCAAGUAGAUGGAGAGCCCUGGGCCCAAGGGCCCUGUACUGUCACCAUAACUCACAAGACACGUGCACUGAUGCUAUAUUUCUCUGGAGAACAAACAGAUGAUGAUGUCUCUAGUACUUCAGAUCAAGAGGACAUAAAAGAAACUGAGUAGCUGGACGAGGAAAUGAAACUUUAUAGAAUCCUUAUGAACAAGCAGAUACACUGUCAUCCAAAAGUAGAAAUUCUCUGUCAACUAUUUAGUCUUAAUUUCACCAGUAGUAUAAUGAGUAUACAUUUCUGUAAAUAGCAUUCCAAAAACAGCCAGACUUCCAGGUAUUUACAAAUGCCUGUUCUUUUCAGCAAAACACUUUGAUCACAUAAUACUCAUUUUUUAAAAGUCACAGAAGGUUGUGUGAAGGUGAAGUGUUUUUUCAUGGCUUUACGUUUGAGAGUGAGGUUCGCUUUGAAGGGUACACUCUCACCCGUUAUUCGUUUGAGGGACAUAUUAUACACCAAGCAAGAUGUGAGUGGAAACAUCAUUUCCAUCUUAAUUUGUAAUGUGGUGCCACCAUAACGUUUAAAAGUUAACUUACAUUUUUGAAUGGAAAUGGUCGGUUUCAGAUGCAGGAUGCCCUCCUGCAGCCUUUUUAGAUGCCCACAUAUAGCCCAGCACCAUGUGGGUCCACACGUAUUUAUUUCCAGGAAAUCCUACAAGGAGAAAUGUAAAAGAAAGACAAUACUUAAAAUCUGUAUUAUGAUUUUUAUUUUGGGAGCAUUUCCAGACCCCCAAAUGUUGUUUGGUUACCCCUGGAAAUUACCAUGUUGAAUUGAAAUUCAGUACCUUGUUUCCAACCCAAUAUAGCCCAAAGAGAACCACAUAGGUGAAUUGGUAAAAAUUUUCAGAGAGCACUCUGAAAGUCAUGGGUUCCAAUCUCUUUUGGGCACACCAAUCUCUUUUGACUAAAAGACAAUGUCACCCAUUCAAAAAAAAUGUACUAAAGAAAAUUUACUAGUCAUAUUAAUUGCUCAAAAACAGUUAAAUAAUGCUUCAUAAGUUUUAAAACUUCAGUGAUCUUAUAGUAGUUUAAAAUACGGUAGUUUUUUAUAGCCAAAGUACUUAACAGAAUUUCCCCUGGGGAAGUUCCAAAUCCUCUGCUAAAAUGUUUAUAUCAUAUUUAUUUUAAAAUGAGAGAGAUAUAUUUUUUUUACUUAUUUAUUUUCUUCAUUGUGGUAACAUGUUUAGUGUUUACAAUACAUGGCUUUAUUUAAUAAGUUAAACUGAUCACAUAAAUUCUAGUCACAAUCAGAAAGGUAGCCUAUUAACUAAGUAAUUAAAACACGUAAUUUAAUUCUCCUGACAGAUGUUCUCAUUCUUCAGAAAUACUCGUUAAUUUUUUUAAAUUUUUUUUUAAAGAAAACGUCAGGGGAUCGAAAGCACUGGCAAACUGCUUUUGGAUAACUGACAGUUUUGUUUCAUUGUUUUAUUUGACCCUCAACUGCCAAACACUUACUGAAGGACUAGUCUCAUGGUUACCCAUUAGAGGGUGCUCUUCUCUUGUGAACCACCUUACUCCUUCAGGUCCUGUAGUUAGACUCAUUGGGCCUCCCAUCUGUUGUUUUUCUAACAAAUAGCCUGUUUGUGUACUUGGUGGUCUUUCAUGACAUUAAUCUCUGAAAGAUUAGAAUGUAUCCCCCAAAACACCAUUAGCUCUCCUGAAGGAUCUAUUAUAAAUCUGUCAUCCAUGAAUUGCUGUAAACUUAAAAAUCAGUCACCUUCAGGUCCAGGAACAACUUAGUGCUGUAUACUGUAGUCUGUACAUUAUAUAAAAUACUUUUUAUUUUGCUUCAAUUAACCUCUUCCAGAUCUCAACGGGAGAUGCUAAAUUCUAGUACUGAAAGAUUUUGUGAGCAGAUCUGUUUCACCUUAUUCAUACACCUUUCCUGGUAGGUAACCUAUUGUGGUGAGGGAGUUUUGUAGAUUUUCUUUUAUGAGCUGAUCAUGUUUUUAUUAUAACAAGUUUUAUUCUUUAAUUCAUGGUCAAAAUCGGUUGAUAUUACAUUUUACAAAAAUGCUGUUAAGUUCACUUUGCUUUAGACUAUUUUAUCUAUAAUUCAUAGUGCUAAUUAUAAAAUCAGAAUAUAUAGUUAAUUUGGGAUAUCAGAAUUAAAAUAAAAUAACUGUAGUUUUUUAGUUGUUAAAACUACUCUAACCAUAAUGUUACAUUGCAUUUAGAACAGGUUUACAUGCAACACCGUCAUUUAUUUAAACAAAUUGGUUUUUCAGUUUUCAUAAUCAGUGUUUUUUUUCCCCACUGACCCUUCAUGAAGUUUUUCUGUUGCCUUCCUCCUCAUUCAGACUUAAUUUUUAUUUAGGAAAGUUACUUCGGAAUACCAUAUUAUAAAACAUUAUCUUAUUUCAGCAAAAUUCACUUUUUUAGGCACAUUCAUUCAGCAUUUCAAAUAAAUAUAUACAGGCAUGUGUCUUGUUUUAAAUGAUUACAAUUUAUAAGACUCAUGUUUGCAAGUUAUAUAUUAAGGUACCAAUUGUUUACAUUACCAGGGAUUCUACACUUUACAGAAGAUAAUUUGCCAUAAGAUUUCCCUGUUCCAUUUGAAAUGGUCUUGAUUUUUUAAAAUCAUAGCUUCUAUAUUCUCAGGAAGAAAUAUAUGAAGUAAAGCAUAUCUCCAUGUCUGUUUCAAUUUCUCUCAUCUUUUACUGUCCUCAUACAUUCCGAACUCCUGGUAAACUUAGUGGCUUAAACACUGAAUACCUGGCAGCUCUUAUGGAUCCCUCAUAGAAGUAGAUGGUGAUAAUUUUCAGUACUUUGUUACGUUUAAUAGAAAUCAAACUGACUUGUGUUUUAAAAUAUAGGUUGUCUAAUGGGAAGAUUACAUAAUCUUAAGUGUGUUUUAGGUUUUUCUGCAACAAUUAGCUGUGAACCCUUAAUUAUAAGCUAAUGUUUAUAAAAAUUUUAUAGUCAAAAUUAUUUUAUUUUUUAAGGUGUGUCAAAAACAUGUAGUAUUUGCUUUUUGAAAUACGUUUGCCUACUUAGAGUUGUAAAGUAUACUGUGACUCCAAAAUUGUAAAGUGCUUUUUUGUGCUAUAAAAAGGAAUACUACCAACAUGUCAAAAAAAGAUAGUGUGCAUUUGUAAUAUAAAGUUGUAUUUAACAUAUGUUAAUUUUAAAUUUGCACCAACUAAAAAACUUUAAAGGUUAUAAUUUACAGAUUCCUGUGGAUCCGAAUACAUUUGUACUUGUUCAGCUGAAAAGGUUAUACUUUCCUUAAAAUGCGUAAUAGUUUUAUGUUGUUUUUCCUCGAAAUGAUAAUAUUGAAGCAAGACCCAGCACUUUAUAUUAGGAUUUUUUUUAAUUCUACCUAACUUGGAACAAUGAAAUGUAGGUAGAUUUAUUUUUAAAAAGGAAAAAUCUAGACAUUUAAAAAAGAAAAAAUAGUGUUGUUACUCUACCCCAUUCUGAAUGAAGGUGUGUUCUCAGCAACAAGACAGAAAAGGCUGUUUUGGUUUUGCUUUUUAAAAGUAUGUCCCUGACUUCCUCAAAUUUUCCCUUCAAGGCCUAGCUCCUGUUUCUCCAAUAUGAUCUGCAGGCCAUCUGCACCCACCAAGUCACCUGAGAGCUGGGUAGCAGUGUGGAUAUGCCUUUGUGAAUCAGUGUCUCUGGAGAUGGGACACCGGCAUCUCUGGUUUUAUUAACAAGCACCUCAGGCACUUCUGGUGUACACUGAAAUGUUCACGCUACUGGUCUGUGCCUUGUGUUUCCCCGGGGCUUUUGCCAGAUGGCUGCCACGUAGGAAAACUGAAUUAACUGGAUGUUCUUAAAAAUUUUUUUUCUUCACUACACUAACUGCCCUCUUCUCCCCAAAUCUUUCUUUUAAAAGAAAUUCAGUGAAAAACUUGCUCAUAUCCUAUCCAAGUUGACAUACAUAUCUAAACUCUAGUACAUAAAAAUUGGUGCCUCAGAUUCUGAUGGGGAACCAUAGGGUUUGGACUGCGAUCCAUGGAGGACGGAGACGCAGUGCUGCAGGAGCCCGUGAGUGGACGGCACAGAGGCUCCUCUUUCUCACGUCAGUCAGUGCCUCCCCAGGCUGGAGUGCUGCUUAAGACAAGGUUUCAGUCGAUAAAACAUUUCCUCCUUUCAAAAAAAGAUUCCACUGUGUUGUUUUUUUUAAGAGUUUGGAGGCCACUACUCUAAUGACUCUGUCACCGUGUUAAUUUUCUACUGAUUUUUACAUAUUCAGAAACCCCCUUUUUUUCGUGAAAAGAAUAUUUUGGAGGUCUCAGUUAGUUGCUGCUUGGAAUAUGGCCACUUGGCUAUUUCACAAAUUUUAAAGGCAUUUUGUUGAAUAGUAAAUCACUGGCUUAGCCUGCUUCUCAUAUUUCUAAUUUUAGUAUAGAAGUGGUCUGUGUAUUUAAUUUUAGUUAUGUAAAUACACACACACAUUUUCCUUCAUGGCCCUGACUGUAGUCAGUUCAUGAGACUUGCAGUUCUCAAAAAGGUACGUUCCAAGGUUCUAGAGAAAUAAUCAAAAAGUGUCAUCCUCUAAUACAGAAGUUGAAUUGUAUUGCUGAUCUUAGACCUAGAAUACUUCCUGGUCUCUGCAAGGAUGCCCUGGGCUACCUCACCAAGGAAGGACGGUGUCAAAGCAGAAUGCACAUCUCAUGACUGACGUGAAAAGAGCUGGAAAGUUAGGUGGUUUUCCUUGUUCCUCUAAUCGUGUCCAGGCAAGAGGGCAUCCCAAUUACAUGAGAUUGGGCUACCUGUGAGAAAAUUCCUGGAGUAAGGAGGGGCCUUUGUGAAAUCUGGAUGACAGUGGUUCGUAAGAACAUUUGUUGUUAUUCCAGUUCUAGGCUCUGCCAGCAGUCUUUCUCUUGAAUUUGAUCUGCUUAAAUGAGCCCUGGAGGUAAAUUGGCACUCUGAUUUGUAAUUCUGUUUUAUACACGUUUAAAGCCCCCUGGGUCCUUGGCCCUGAUCAACCUUGCAGGUGAACUGACUGAAUCAGAUCUCUGAAUCCAGUGUUGAAGACACUUGUGGGGCUUCACUAGGCAGCCAGUGGGCCCCUUGCUCUUUCUCCCCCUCUGGCCACAGAACUGUGUACCUACCACUUAAUUACCCUGUGUUAAUUGCUUUUGUUGUGUUGGGUCUGUAUAGUUGUGGUUAUUGCCUACAGACAAAUGUAAAUUAAAGCAUUUGAUAUGUUGAAGGUGUUUGCUUGUUUUUUAAUAAAAUUAAAAGUG